AAACGAGUGUUUGACUCAAUAUUUAUGAUCACAAAAAAAGUCAACAAAAAGACCAUUCAAUUGAUCCACAAAUUGGUGACAAAAUACACGCCAUUUGGAUAUCUGUGGCGUUAAUUCAAGGCAAACAUCACAUCGUUUGGUGCGAUAUCUCGUGUGUACAGCGCGGACACAAUGGAGGAAUGGUUGGGUCGACUGGAAUCGAUGCAACUGAAGAGGUCGGAGCUAAACCUCCUGAUUAUGGAUUACCUGAUGGCUGAGGGCUUCAAAGAGGCGGCCGAACGGUUCAAAUGCGAGGCCAAUAUCGACGCCGAGAAGAUCAACGAAAUGGUGGGCAUCCGGGAGACCAACGAACAGAUCGAUGAGAGGAUAUCCGUGCGGAUGGCCAUCGAGGACGGCCGCAUCCGGGAGGCCAUGAAACUCAUCAACGAUUACUACCCGGAGCUCAUCGACAACAACCGGAACUUGUAUUUCAAACUACAGCAACAACAACUCAUUGAACUGAUCCGCGAUCACCUCCUGGAAGAGGCCCUCCAGUUCUCGCAGCAACAGCUGAGCGUUGACAGCGAUUACCUACAGCUCCCGGAGCUCGAGAGGACGCUAUCGUUGCUGGCCUUCGACAAGCCGGAGAACAGCCCUUACAGUGAUUUACUGCACGCGUCGCACAGACAACAGUUGGGGUCGGAGGUGAACGAAGCCAUUCUUCGGGAGCAGUCGGGCGAGGGGUCGUCCUCUAAGCCCAAGUUGGUGUCACUCAUGAAACUACUGCUGUGGACGCAGAACGAGUUGGACAAGAAGAAAGUGAAGUUC